CUUUAUUCUAGAUGUGGGCACUCUCCUGUGUACCGCUGCCGUGAGAUGUCGGGUCGGGCCCUUGUGCCAUUUGUUAUGGUAAAUGAAGUACCACAUACAGUGCUGUCCUUGCUGGAGGGGCUUCCAGACUCUACCAGUCGUUGCAUACGACAGAACAAUAUUCAUGGAACACUGUUGCAAGUUUUUCAUUUGCUGCAGUCAUACUUAGAAUCAAAGCAGUUCGUUAGUUUGGACUUCCAGCAGGGACUGACCGACAUCAUUACCUGUUUGGGGACCAAACUGUGGCUGGCUAAAAGGCUAAAUCCUUGUCUGGUGACCAGAGCUGCCUAUCUUGAUGUCCUUGUGAUGCUGAGUACUCACCUGGGGAAGUCUAAACAGCAAGGAAUGCAAUUUCAUGAAUUUUGGGAAGAGAUGAACAGAGUUAUUUCAGAGUCUGAACUGGUGUCUGGCAUUCCCUACUCAUCUGUAGUACCAGGACUGAUACAGUAUCUUCAGAGCAUCACCAAACUUGUAAUAUCAGUGCUGCCAGUGACUGCAAGUCUGGACACCCAGGGCAGUGGUUCAGCUGCAAAGAAAAUGGCCAAGCCAUCAUUGUCAAUAGCUCAUCUCCUUCACUGUGAGUUCCAUGAAGUACGUCUGCUUACGUUGGAAGCAAUACUGCUGUGGUUGAAACAAAAAAAUUCCAAGCAGAUUGCAGAAGGAAGAGAAGGUGUAUUGUGUUUACUCAUUGAUUUGGAAGACACUCUUCUCACAAUGGCUCUGAAGGAAACGAAUCACCAGUGUUUUUGCAUGGUACUGGAAAUUCUUUACGAUAUGGAUCUCAGAAAUGUGCUUCUGAAGACUGAAUGCUCUAUAAAAAUGAAUCCAGAUGAGCUCUUAACCUGGAGUUUAAACCUUGUAGAUAUCUCUAACAGCACUGAAGGUCAAAUCAUAGCUCUCAAAUUUGCCUCCAAGCUGAUUAUCCAUCUUUUGCAGAACCAUCAUCAGAUUUCAGAAGAAGUCCUGAAAAAAUGGGUUCAGCUGAUCCUGUAUUUUUGUGGAGAUGAGCAAGAGACAGAGAUGCUGUUAGCAGCUGCUGAAGUACUUAAAAGUGUAACAUCAUUCCUUCUGAUCAGUGAGAAGCUCAGUCUUGGACUGUCUGAUACCCUUGCUCUGUGGAAGUGUGUGAUUCUACUGCUGCAGAACGAAGAUUUGGUAGUAAGGGAUGCUGCUGCUGAAGUUAUACAAGUGGCACAGUCUGAAAAAAAGAGCAGUGAAGGAACAGAGUUUGCACUUAGGAUAGUGAAUGCUCCAAUGGCCUUAGAUUUAGCAUUUGGCAUAGUGUGUGAGCUGCUGCAGCGGUGGGGGGAGAUCCAUGCUGGUGUGCUGAUCUUGCUGGAAUGGCUGCUGGGAGACAGCGACCUGCAAAGAGAUUCGGAGACUUCAGCCCUGGAAGAAGAUGAUUAUCUGUUUGAUAAAGGAGAAGUGAAUUUUUGGGCAGAGAAGUUGACUCAUGUUAGACAACUGAGUAAGCACCUUUUACAGCUCAUAUCAGUGACUCAUCUAACGUUACCACAUCAUGGAGAACUGAAGCAACUAUCGAUAACAGCACUGGACCAAGCCCAGCUCAUUGAACAGCACCUUCGAGCACUGCCUCCAGCUCCAGAAUUUUCCAGAACUGCAGAAUUCACAAGAUUGGCUAUUCAAAAUGAGAGAAUAUUUCUCUGUCUUAAAAUACUGAAUCUGCUGAAGUCUGAUGAUACUUGCAAAAAUGAAAAUCUGGAGAAGUAUGUUACUAAAAGUUCAUCCUCAGGGAGCAUGCACACGUUCUCUCAGGGAGACUGAAUUCCAGCAAUGUUCAAGGAAUCAGGAUGACUCCAGUAAACCUGCAACAAACUAUUCAGUAUUCAGGCUAAAACUACAUUUUUAUAUAUGACUCCAUGGAUAAUUUUUUUUUAUCAGACAUGCUGUGGGAGACUGUUCCUUUUAAAUGCAUUUGCUAAUUUCAUUCAGCUGAGCAUUGUUUAUUACAGCCAAUGUAGGAAGUAAAGCAGGUAAACCUAGUAUUUUCCAUUCAGCCAGGUGCAGGCCACCUGUAUGCAUUUUAUCCCAUAUUUUACCUCCUGUAUCUGAGUACCAAGGAAAAGUGUAUUGUUUCGGUCUCCUUACAAAAUGUAGCAUGUUAAUUACUAAAUUAAUAUGCUAUUUUUAUUUUUAAGUGUUUCUAAAGGAAAAGGAACAAACUGUUCCUCUUGUCCGUGACAAUUUUUAGAGUAUAUUUUAAAUGUUACUGUAUUUUCCUCUGGAGGAAGGCAAGGAUUUUCACUUUGGUAGUAACCUUGUUUUCCACAUGGAAACAGCAUUACUUAGACUUCUGCACGCCUCUUUUUUCCUUUAAAUCAAAUAACUGUGUUCAUAAAAUGGUUCUAAAAUGAAGACCGCUGUGUUCAAAACGAAGCAGCUGUUCCAUUGCGAACAAAACAGUUUCAUCUUUACUUUAAAACACCUUGCUCUGCAAGCAGGCCUGGAAAGUAAGGUCCUGCUGAGUAGUGUGGGGCCCCUCUGAAGCUACCAUAGGGGUUUCCGUGCUCCAGCCCUUGCUUUUGAGAGAUGCUCUCACUGGCACUCGGGUAGGGCGGCUGUGGGGACUGUUCUGAGUGCUUUACGGUGAUCCUGUGCCUGAACUACAAAAAUGCUUGUUUGUGCGUUGAAAUGUGUUUUUCUGGGAACUGACAUUGGGUUUCAGUAUGAAAACGAGACAUCGAAAGUAAAUAUUG